GAUGUUGGAGGACGUGGUUGUGAAGCCUGUAGUGGAUGAACCGGUGUCGUUAGAUGUCUGUUCUGAAAAUUUUGAUGGCCCAUUGUUCGAAAAGGAAGUUUUCUUGUGGAAAAAUUGCAGUUUAGGUGUGGGGUGUGAGCCAAUCACUGGGUGCUCUCCAUGCUUCGUUCACGAGUUUCCAACUUGCACGAAUCCCGAUGCAACACACAGCGGCGUUUGUGCCCCGAGACCCGACCUUGUCGGUUGCCGAUCGGCAAAACAUCCCAUCGUAACCAUAUCCAUAUUAUGCACAAUCGUCGCCUCGAAGCUUCAAUGUCACCACCUUAUCUUCCCUACUCUUGUGCACUCGCCAUCCCUGUUCCUUAUCCACACCUACGAACUUGUGCAAUUGUUUUCGUCUUCACACCCAAAUUGUGAUCUACUCUCCGCUGUCUUCUAGUCAUUUAUAUUCUGCACCGCCUGCUCUGAUUCUCCCCUCGUAGAUUUUCCGACCUGCUUUAAAGCGGUGAUGUUCGUGGCAUCUGGAGGUAUUGAGCUUAUGAAUGGACGUAGUUUUCGCUAUCCCAUGUGUGCGCGCACUUGAGGACGGUGCUUCAUACCCCGGUUAGACUGGGGAUAUUGUAGCUCAUUUGGAGAAUUUGGGUCUUGUGUUACUGUUGCAGAAUGAAUAAUGGAGUGAUUGGCUCCAGCACAGAGAGCGAUCCUGUUUCGAAAUCUUUACUCUUUUACACUUGCAUUUUCUCUUCUAAAGUCUGUCUCUAUUGACAUCCCUGGAAUUAUUUAAUUUAAAAGUCGUGUGGUAGGGUGAAGCUGCACUGUGAAAGGAUCCAGGGCAUCGAGCGAAAUCAACUGUUUUGAGAUAGUUUCGUUUUUGUUUUUAUUUUUGUUUUUAUUUUUAGUAAUUGGAGUUCGGAUUUAUGGCUUCAGAGGUGUAAGCUUCUACCAAGUCAACAAAUUGGAAGUUUCAUCUUCAUGUUUCUUUUGUCGAGAUUUCGUUUUUUUGUUGUUUAGAAGCUUGCACGUACUUGACAAAGAUCCCAGCAACCCUAGUUGAGUGCUUAGCGAAUCUGGAUAUGGAUCGCUAGCACAGCUUCAACUGAAAUCUGGAGUUUAAGCAUGGACACAAUAUGAUUCCAUCUCUUCGUACUGAACGACAGUGCUGUGAAUGAGCACCUAGCUUAAUCACAGCUUAGUCACAGGUUAUAUGAUCUUAGUGGACAGACUGUUCUUGAUUAUAAGUUGGAUCUACGCAUCCUCGAUCAUUGAUUAUUUCGUUACUGAGGAAUAACUUCUCUUCUCCAAGAGGGGCUCGAGGAGCUAGCUACAUGUGAAAUCGGGCAGGAGUAUUGAAGCUGUGGGAAGAAAGAAUAGGUGUCGACCAUGGUGAAGAGGGUAGUCGACAAUGUUCUUGGAGUGGCAAAAGAGUCUAUAAAAACUGUCAGUCAGGAGUCCUUCAAUCAAACGGUGAGGCUGAUCAAUGGUUUCUCGGCAUUAAUUCUUGCAGUCCUUCCAGUCCAGUCCAGUGUGGAGGGUAUUCAUGGAUGGGAGCUUCGUUCAUCAUUACGAGCACCUCGUUUACCAGGCUGGAUGGAAAAUGGAGUAUCUUCAUUUAAUUCGUUUAUACAUGACUAUGAAUCUGAGUACAGCGAUUUAGACUAUGAAACUGAAUAUGAAUCAGGCUGGGAUGAUGAUAGUUUGGCACCCUCAUCCCCUUGCUCAGUUACCUCUCAUAUAUCUAGAGCCAGCAGAGCGAGCAGAGCGAGCAGAGCUAGCAGAGCUAGCAGCUGUGGUAGACAUCGUCGGCAUAGUUCUCUUUGGAAACGUUUUCUCCGAGUUUGCUUUUGGCCUUUCCUUAUCUGGGGCUCGGAAGCAAGCUGUGUUCCUACACCGAGAGGCGUCAGAGAAUUGCAUGGUCAUGGAUUUGCAAAUGGGCGUAACUUGAGUACUGGGAGUCUACAUCGGUUGCCGAAGCUGAUUAGCGACCGCAGGAAGGGUGUCAUUGAGGACUUACAGGUUUGGGUGGAGUUAUCUAUUGAGUGGAUGUUUGAGGUUAUACGAAUCCUCAUAUACUACUCAUUGUCGCCCUUCAAAACCCUGAAGCUCUUCAUCAGCUGGCUCUUCUUCCGCAAUUCCAAUUCUGGUCCUGACAAUCGUGUAAAUACAGCUAUAUUGUGUGACUCGAAUCCAGCCCCUCAGAAGAAAGUCAAAAAACAGCAAAUAUUGAAUACGGAUGAGCGGACUUGUGAAGAUGUAAUUACUAGUCUGGGGUAUCCAUAUGAAUCCAUGCGGGUGACCACUGAAGACGGUCAUAUAAUUCUUCUCGAGAGGAUUCCAAGGCCAAAUUCUCAGAAAGUACUAUAUCUGCAACAUGGCUUACUGGAUUCAUCUUUGGGGUGGGUGUCAAAUGGAGUUGUAGGCUCACAGGCUUUUGCAGCAUUUGAUCAAGGCUAUGAUGUAUUUUUAGGUAAUUUUCGGGGUUUAGCAUCUCGAGAACAUGCGAAUCCAAACAUCUCUGCACGAAGGUACUGGCAGUACUCAGUGAAUGAGCAUGCCACGCAGGAUAUCGCAGCAAUGCUGACAAGGAUCCACAAAAUUAAGAUGGAAGAUUUGAAGGAUAUUAUAGAUGACGUGAGCCUUUCCAAUCCAGUGAAUUGUGCAGGCGAGCGACUGCCUUAUUCAUUGUGUGGUGUGGCACACAGCUUGGGAGGGGCUUCAAUCAUGAUGUAUGUUGUGACGCGCAGACUUGAGGAGAAACCCCACUAUCUUUCUAGACUUAUCCUUCUUUCUCCAGCAGGCUUUCAUGAAGAUGCACCAUUCUUUUGUACCAUUAUGAAGUAUGCGAUGCCUGUGGUAGCUCCGAUACUGAGACCUGUCAUUCCAGGCUUGUAUAUACCGACGAGAUUUUUUCGAGGACUAUUCAACAAGCUGGCGCGUGACUUCCAGAAUUAUCCUGCAGUGGGUGGCCUAGUUCAGACCCUCCUCAGCUCUGCAAUCGGUGGUGAUAGCUCCAACUGGGUUGGCGCACUGGGGAUGUCUCAUUACAACAUGAACGACAUGCCUGGUUUAUCAUUCAUGGUGGGGCAGCACUUGGCUCAGAUGAUGCUGAAAAAAAGGUUUACCAUGUUUGACUUUGGAAGUACAAAAGCAAAUAUCGAAGCUUACGGAACAAGUGAACCUCUCGAUAUUGGCGCCCACUACGGAGUUAUUGAUAUUCCCGUGGAUGUUGUAGCUGGAAGAAGAGAUAAACUUAUUCCUCGUUCCAUGGUCAAGCGGCACUACAAAACACUGAAAGAUGCUGGUUGCAAGGCUUCGUAUGAUGAGUUUGAGUAUGCCCAUCUGGAUUUUACUUUCUCACAUAAAGAAGAGUUGCAAGCUUACGUAAUGUCUCGUCUCUUGCUGCUAACUCCCCCUCGGUUGAAGUCUGGGGACCUUAGAAAAACAUCCAGUAACAAAAUGCGAGGUUCGAACAAGUCAUACUCCAAGAAAUCCUUCAGAAAUCCAAGAAAGGUGGGUGAUUCUGAUGGAAUUCCAAGAGAGGAAGUUGGUAGGGCCUCCGAAAUGGACUUCGGGAAGGACUGCACGAGCACUUCCGGUGGUCUCGACACCGACUUGCCGGAAUAUAUACAAUCUCAGUCGGAGCUUGAGAGUCUUCUCAACCGCGACAAGGAGAUUCUCAGUAGCGUAACUGCAGGUUCCGUGGCUACGGAAUCCCACGAAGAAAGCAUCACGGCAGCUCAGCCUUUCGUACCCGAAUCCUUCGAUGAUUCUAGUCUUUUUGCAUUUCCCUCAAAAGAAGUGGUAUCUAUCAUGUCAAGGCGAGUCUCAAGAGCCGGUUUAGGCAUGACCGAUUUGACCCGAAUCGGCGAAUUCAACAUCCAACAAGGCUUUGAUACAUGUAGCAUUGCUGGGACGUCCUCAAUUUCGGCCAAAACGCCUAAGCCAGCAAUCACAAAGGAGUCUAGCAGUGUUUUCAGCAGGCUCACAGAUCAGCUUUUCAGAAGGAGCGCUGCAAACACUACUCGCGAUGUAUCAAGCAGUCGUCAAACCGCCACAACCUCGCAAUUACCGUUGUCACGGUGGACAUGAAGCUGCAAUGCCAAACGGGCACUGCAAUAUGUUCUUCACAAAUCUCAUUGUAUUCUAGAUCAUGUCACUGAGAUCUCAACAACUUAUAGAGACCAAUGUGUGUAUCAAGAGGCUCAGCAAGUUUAUUUAAAUCAAAAUCAACUCAAGUACAAUUACGUGCUUCAAACAUA